AUGCCUUCAGCAGCUCUGUGUGCGCGCUCGUUCCGUGCCUACGCCCGGCAUGGCUCUAACCACACUGCAAUUCUCGCCCGCGCAUUCUCCGCGACAGCGCGGAGACCAGAGAUCAACAAGGUCUAUCCUUCAGCCGCCGAGGCUCUCAAGGACAUGAAGCCCAACUCGACGCUUCUCUGCGGCGGUUUCGGUCUCUGUGGUGUCCCGGACACCCUGAUCAACGAGGUUCUGAAGAAGCCCGAGAUUACCGGCAUCACUGCCGUCUCCAACAACGCCGGCACAGACACUUCCGGCCUCGGCCAACUGCUGAAGACCAAACAGAUCAAGAAGAUGGUAGCCAGCUACAUUGGCGAGAACAAGACCUUUGAGAAGAUGUACCUGACCGGCGAGGUCGAGCUCGAGCUGACCCCCCAGGGCACCCUCGCUGAGCGCUGCGCCGCCGGCGGUAAGGGCAUUCCGGCCUUCUACACCCCGGCUGCCUUUGGCACCGUCGUCCAGACCGGCGAACUACCACUACGCAACAAACCCGACGGCUCGCCCGACCAAUUCUCAUACCCCAAGGACGUAAAGGUCUUCAACGGCAAGUCGUACCUCCUCGAGCAUAGCAUCGCUGGCGACUACGCCUUCGUCAAGGCCUACAAGGCCGACAAGCUCGGAAACUGCCAGUUCCGUCUCGCCGCCAACAACUUCAAUGGCGCCAUGGGCCGCAACGCCAAGAUGACCAUUGUUGAAGCUGAGCAAAUUGUCGAGCCCGGCGAGAUCUCUCCUGAGGCCGUUCAUCUGCCUGGCAUCUACGUCAAGCGCGUCAUUCAGAGCACGACCGAGAAGAACAUUGAGAAGUAUACCUUUGCCAAGGAUGAGAACGACGCCGACGCCAAGAAGGCCCUCGGCACUGGCGACACAGCCGCCAAGCGCGAGCGUAUCGUCCGCCGCGCCGCAAAGGAGUUCAAGAACGGCAUGUAUGCCAACCUUGGUAUCGGCAUGCCUAUGUUGGCCCCCGGCUUCGUCGGCCCCGAAGUUGAGGUUCAGCUGCAGUCCGAGAACGGCAUCCUCGGCCUAGGCCCGUACCCCAAGAAGGGCGACGAAGACGCCGACCUCAUCAACGCCGGCAAGGAGACCGUCACGCUCAAGCCCGGUGCCGCCGUCUUCGGCAGCGAAGAGAGUUUCGGCAUGAUCCGCAGCGGGCGCAUCAACCUCACCAUCCUCGGCGCCAUGCAAGUCAGCGCUAAUGGCGACCUCGCUAACUGGAUGUUGCCCGGCAAGGUCAAGGGCUUUGGUGGAGCUAUGGAUCUCGUCAGCAACCCCAGCGCGACCAAGGUCGUCGUCACAAUGGAGCACACGGAUAAGAAGGGCAAUGCCAAGAUCGUCAAACAGUGCGCUUUCCCCCUGACUGGCAGAGCUUGCGUGUCAAGGAUCAUUACCGAAUUGUGUGUCUUCGAUGUCGAUUUCGCGCACGGCCUGACCCUUAUCGAAAUUGCGGACGGUGUAACGGUGGAGGAGAUCAAGAGCAAGACCGAGGCGCCGUUCACGGUUGCUGACGAUCUGAAGCCCAUGUUGUAA